AUGCGGUCGAAACAACGAAAUAAGAUACAACAACCUCGCUCUUUCCUCUCCUCCGCGCCGCUCCACAGGCUGCUAGGGUGAGUCUGCUCACUCUGACAGCCUGGAAUGAUCGUUCCCUUGUAGACAAUCCCAGCAGCAACCGACCGGAGCGGAGGACAGCGCUUGUCGCUCGUGAGCUGGCGCGCUACGAGGUGGACAUCGCCGCACUCAGCGAGACCUCCUUCUCCAAACAAGGCCAACUGGUGGUGGUGGUGGUGGUGGUGGUGGGUGUCGGUUACACCUUCUUCUACAGCGGUCGCCCCCAAGGCAGAGCGACGAGACGCGGGUGUCGCCUUCUCCAUCCGGAAGGACAUCGUGGGACGACUGGCCUAUCUGCGCACGGCAUCAGCGACCGACUGAUGAGCCUCCGCCUGCCUCUCCAGGUAGGCGAAUUCAUCCCCAUCUUCAGCGUCUACGCUCCUCCGAUGACCAACCCUGACGCGACAAGGAAAAAAUUCUGUGAGCAUCUGCACGUCCUUCUGACAUCUGUUCCGAAAGUGAAUAAGUUGGUUGUCCUUUGCGGCUACAAUGCCCGCGUCAGGACAGACCGCGCUGCCCGGAGGGGAGGGCUUGGUCCUCACGGAAUCGCCGACUGCAACGACAAUGGCCUCCUUCUCCUGCGGAACUGA